AUGCCAAAAUUUAUUUUCUUAACNCUCAUCACCAGCAUCGAGAAAAACGAAGAGAUCGCCGAUACUUUCCAGAACGUUCAACUAAAAUGGAGAUUCGUCUGCUCUCAGCCUCAGAGUCGGGAGAACCAGUCCACUACUCCAGAAAAAAAAUUGUUUGAGCUCACUUUUGACAAGAAGUUCAAAGAAAAAGUGUUGAACGACUAUUUACCCCAUGUUCUGGAAGAGUACCAAAACAUAAAGGAUAGUGACAAGGUGUUGAAUCUGUCUGAUGGUGGUAUGAAUAUACCUGGUGGAAAGUCUUGGGGUUCGAUCAAAUUUGAGCAUCCGUCAACGUUUGGGACUCUUGCUAUGAAUGAAGAGGCGAAGGCUGCGAUAAUCGAUGAUUUGGACAGAUUAGUGAGCGGAAAAGAUGUUUACAAGAGGGCUGGGAGGGCUUGGAAGAGGGGGUACUUGUUGUAUGGGCCUCCUGGAACUGGGAAAUCGAGCUUGGUCGCAUCCAUGGCGAAUUACUUGGGUGCCGAAACAACUGAUCGGCAGUUGUCGGAUCGGAAAUACCCUUACUUCAACGACUACGACAACAAGGAUAGUGACAAGGUGUUGAAUCUGUCUGAUGGUGGUAUGAAUAUACCUGGUGGAAAGUCUUGGGGUUCGAUCAAAUUUGAGCAUCCGUCAACGUUUGGGACUCUUGCUAUGAAUGAAGAGGCGAAGGCUGCGAUAAUCGAUGAUUUGGACAGAUUUGUGAGCGGAAAAGAUGUUUACAAGAGGGCUGGGAGGGCUUGGAAGAGGGGGUACUUGUUGUAUGGGCCUCCUGGAACUGGGAAAUCGAGCUUGGUCGCAUCCAUGGCGAAUUACUUGGGUGCCGAAACAACUGAUCGGCAGUUGUCGGAUCGGAAAUACCCUUACUUCAACGACUACGACAACAAGUUUACAUUGUCGGGGCUAUUGAACUUCAUUGAUGGAUUGUGGUCGAGUUGUGGAGAUGGACGGAUCAUUAUUUUCACCACUAACCAUAUUGACCGCCUUGAUCCUGCUCUGUUGCGAUCUGGUCGAAUGGACAUGCACAUUCCCAUGUCCUACUGUACACCUGAAGGAUUUAGGCUCUUGGCAUCCAAGUACCUUACCAACUGCAAUAAUCACCACAGGCUCUUUGGUGAGAUCGAAGGCCUAAUUGAGAAUGUAGAGGCGACCCCUGCAGAAAAGGCUGGGGAGCUAAUAAAGACCGACAACCCUGAUGUUGCUCUCGUUGAAGUAGUUAAUUUCCUGAAGCGAAAGCAGAUUGAAGCACAUGAUACCAAGGGCGCAAAAAGGAUAAAAACUGAGAAAAUUGGUAGUAGGAUCAAAAGAAACUGUAGGAAAAGAUCCGCGGUGUCAUGA